CUCUGGAUAGCUUUAUUCACAAGUACCCCUUUCCGUUAUUUUGCACUGUAAACUGAACCAGGUAACUCUUACGAGUUAUCAACACCAGCCCAUUGCCAUAGCUGUACUUCAAAGAAGCAAGUUAUCAAAGAAUCUAAACAAACAAUCAUGGCAACUCUUUCGUUUGCACUUCUCCUUGUCAAUGUCAUUCACUCGGCCUUCAUUAUGGUGGGGACAGAACCACUCGCCACCAUGCGUGAUCCGGGAACUACCGAUCAUAGAGGCUUUGACCCUAUCAACACGGGUUCAGGUAAAUAUUGCUCCAUGGACAUCCAAAACAGUAGAGCCAACUGCUCGAAUCGUGGUCUAAAAGAAGUUCCAAGGGACAUUCCCUAUUAUACACUGCAUCUAUCACUCUCCUACAACUUGAUAGAGAGGAUCUACAACGAUUCUUUCUCACAUUUAAAGAAUCUCGUUGAUAUAUCACUGCAGUACAAUGUUAUCUUCGAGAUAGAAGAAGGCGCAUUCUUUGAUCUUCAUCUCUUGCAGUCGGUAAACCUAAUUGGGAAUCGGCUGUCUGUUCUUCCAAGUCAUCUCUACAGUCAAAACUAUUAUCUUACUGAUAUAUUUGUCAGGAACAACACUUUAACGGAAAUUCCAGAUCUGGUCUUGAAGGCACCGAAUAUAUCUUUCAUUGACUUUGGGCUGAAUUUCAUCAACUCAUCGAAUUUCAGAAUGUAUUUCGACACAACGUGUGACCUUAUGUACAUAGAUCUCAGUGGUAAUGCAAUCAACAGUCUAGAAAAUGGCUCACUGAAAAAUUUGGAAGUUUGUAUAAAGAUUACUUUCAUUGAUUUUUCAUCAAAUAGCAUAUCAUCGUUAGACCCUCAGAGUUUACAAGGAAUCAAUAUCGAAGGAAUUUCAUUCGAAGGGAACCCUCUAUAUGAAAAAGGAGUUGAAGAGGUUUUUUAUGCAUCGAUCAGAGCCCCUACGCUGACUCACAUAAGUGUAGCAACAUCAAAUCUAACAUCUCUAUCUUCAAAGAUCUUCAGUCCUUUGACAAACUCGCCAUUGGAAUCCAUUGCUUUAAGUACAAACGACAUCUCCUCCAUCCCAGAAAAUGUUUUUCAUUUUUUGACAAGAUUACGGAAAUUGUUUUUGUCCGAAAAUAAAAUACAAGUAAUUUCUCCGAAAAGUUUUGAUAACAUGUCUUCUAUGCAACAACUUUACCUUGAUGGCAACGCUAUUGCACACUUAGAAACUCCAGCUCAAACAGGGAUAUGGGAACCACCACUUAGAACUCUCUCUCUGGGUAAUAAUUUACUUUCUGAAAUUCCAUCGAAAGUGUUCAUUGGUUUGGGGAGUUUGAUUUACCUUAUACUCCAUUUUAAUUCUAUCAGAAUUAUUCACCGUGAUUCGUUUGAUGGUCUGACUAGCCUUGAACUCCUCAAUUUGAACGGAAAUUCAUUGAUAAAUCCUCCGAGAUUUGGGGCUAUACCUACCCUGAUAAAUCUUUACUUGAGUAGUUGUGGUAUCAACUCUAUUGACCCUGAAAACACAUUCACUGGCCUUUAUGUGCUCUCUGAACUGAGGCUUGAUAACAAUUAUCUUCAUAUAUCUGACUUAUGGAUAAAUGAAAGAAACAUAUCUACAUUUAGGAACCUAACCAAAUUAAAGUACCUCGAUUUAAGCGCCAAUAACUUGAUCCAACAUGAAAUACCAAGUGGAUGUUUCGAAGGUCUUUACAACCUUGAGAUGCUAAACCUUCAAGGCAUUUCUCUUCCUAAGCUAGACCAAGACCUUUUAAAAGGCCUCACAAAUCUUGAAAUGCUUUCCCUUGAAAACAACGAGUUAAAGGAUAUUCAUCCCGAAACUUUCCGAGAUCAGGGCAAAUUAUUCUCACUUUAUCUUGGUCAAAAUCCAAUUGCAGGUCUAGACGAUAAUGUAUUUGCUCAAACUAAAAAGCUAUCCGUGCUGAGUCUGCCUAAAACGAACAUAGAGGUCAUUACGAAAAAAACACUUGGUCCAAUCAUACCUUCUUUGUCCACCUUAGAUUUAUCCAACAAAAAACUCUCAUGUAACUGUGAAAAUAAAUGGUUCAGAAACUGGAUGCAAAACAGCAGUGUAGAAAUAAUUUUAGAUGAAACCGUUUGUUCCAUCGAUUCUCCCCAAGAAUUGCAGGGAAAAUCUUUUAGCGAGUUUGAUUCACCCCUCUACUGUGGCCCUGAUAUAAUUUUAUACUGUGGUGUAUCUGUCGUUUCGGUUCUGGUGAUAGUUAUUCUGGUGGUGUUGUAUUACAAUCGUUGGUGGAUCAACUACAAGUGCUUCCUUCUCAGACUCUGUAUAAUCGGUUACAGCGAAAUCAUUGAAACACGGGAUUACAAAUACGACAUCAACAUUGUGUACGAUGACGACCACCAAGAAUGGGUCAACGAAUAUUGGGUGCCCAACAUUAAUGAGCGUGAUCCAGACUUAAAUCUCCUAGUCGGUGAUGAAAUGCUACCACUUGGGAUGUAUCGCCUUGACGCUGUUGCCCACGUCAUUGACAACAGUUACAAAUCGGUUUUUAUGGUCAGUCAAAGUGCGAUCAAAGAUAGUUGGUUUCUUACAAAACUACACUUAGCUCUGCAACAUGUGAAUCACGCCAAACGCGACGCAGUACUUUUCGUGUUUUUAGAUGACAUUCCUGGUGAAGACCUUCCUUAUCUGAUUCGCCUUUUGAUGAGUAUUAACCGACCCUAUCUCAAAUGGGACGAAGACCCAAGGUAUCAAGAAUAUUUCUGGGAACUCUUCAUGAAAAGCAUCAAGGUUACCACCAAGAUCAAUUAUACUAUUCCAAUGUAGAUACGAAGUUUUAAUAUUUCUGGGAACUUUUCAUGUAAAAUAUCAAGGUUACAACCAAGAUCAAUUCUACUAUUCCAAUGUAGAAACGAAGUUUUAAUAUUUCUGGGAACUUUUCAUGUAAAGUAUCAAGGUUACCACCAAGAUCAAUUCUACUAUUCCAAUGUAGAUACGAAGUUUUAAUGUUUCUGGUAACUCUUCACCAAAAGGGUUACCACCAAGAUAAAUCAUACUUUUCUAAUGUAGAUACGAAGUUUUGAUCUAUCCAUGGGUGACGUAUCAGUGAUCUUUAAAGAUUUAUGGCAUGUGCAAAUUAGUGUUAUAAUUAAUUGUAUAGUUAUAGUAAGAGCCGAAAACUCGUCAGCAAAUUUGUAGUCAGAUGUUGCUCGAUUGAUGGCGGGGAGCUUUGGAGAUCAGGUAUUUUUGACUCUAGGUCAAACUUACAAUGAAGUUGUCAUACACAUUCUGGCGCUGGUGAAAUUUGUAUCAUAACCUAUGAGGAGCAGAAGAUACGUGGAUAUUAAACAUGAUAAAGGGAAGUGAAUUGAUGUUCAGAUUAGUCUAUAACAUAUAAUAAUAUUAAUGAUCAUGAUGAUAAUGAUUUAUUAAGCGAAACGUUUAUCAUGAUUCUAAUAUUGUGUCCCGAUUGUGUCACAAGAGCUCGAAGCUGCUGUGAUUCUAAAUGAACAAAUUACGUUCUAUUCCAUAGACAUAAUCUGGAGGUUGCACGCAUGAAUGAUCAGUCUCAAAGAGUUACUUUAGUUUAAUGUUGAGGUGUUGCAACAAAAACGUGUUUUGUUCAUUACGUUAAUUGUCAGAUUCGACAAGCUCAUUGCACAUGGGGGGGGGGGUUACAAUUCAGUGUGUUGAACACUAUCAGUUAUUUCUUAAAAUUGAGUCUUUGUCGAACUGAUAAUUACCAGCGGUGUUCCCUAAUAAAUUAGGUGACAGAAGAUAAUUUGGAAAGGGCAUAUACCGAGAACAUAAUACUUUGUACCAUCUGCAUAUUAGAUAUUUGUGAAUCCGACAGUCCAUAUUAUGAACUGUGAUAAUAAUCAAGUUUGCUCGUAACGCAUGCAGAACAAUGUUUUUCAGGGUAUCUUCAUGUAAGUAUUUGUGAAAAAGCCUCAAGUCAGCCUAUAUCAAGAAAUAGGCAGAUUUGCAAACACACGCGAAGUGAGUUUCCACGUAUAAGUACAUGCGUAUAAAAUACAUCAAAGUUUCUAGUAUCAGUUUGAGUUCUGGCUGAGUCGCCCUUUAGUACAAAUUAACUCUGAACUUUGAAAACUGGUGCUCAGUGCCCCCGGGGAUGGGGGGUACCGUCUCGUGUAUAUCACAAACGGGGAUGUGCCGCUCCAGUAGGUCGUUUUUUGUCCCUCCCCUAAAAAAACCCUUAGACAUGGGUCUUGCUAUUGCAAGAAAUCCUUAGCCAUAUAGGGUUCUAUUUUUCAACUGAAUAAUUCUUAGACAUAUCCGUUUCUACAAAGGAAAAUACCUGUAAGAAUUCUCAGGAAAAGCCCCCGGAAAAGCCCCGGAAAUGUCUACGUCGAGAGUAAGAGUAGGAAACCGGGACGAGUAGAUUCUGUAGUUUUUCCACAUCUUAUUACGAUAGUAAUGCAUAUCUUUUUAAUGUGAUGGUCUCAUUUCUCAAAAAGCUAAAAUUAAUCUGGAAAACGUGACUUUAUUUUACAUAAAAUCAUUAGGCAUGGGUCUGUAUUUUGAGAAAAGUCUUUUGACAUGGGUACCUGUUCAGGACCCUUAGAAAUUGGUAAGGGUUUCAAACCCCGAGUCUCACACCCCGUCCAAUCAUAAUCCAAGUAUACCCCGGUUCAGUGCCCCCCAAACCAACAAUUCAAUUUUAUUUUCAUUUCACAUCAAAUUUUCUAGCAUAAUAUACAUCCAAAACAAAACAAAUCAUAAAAGGCGUAAUUGAGGUCAUGAUUAUGUAAUUAACAGUAGAUACUGACGCAGCCAUAAUCAUAAAUAUCAACAAUAAAAAAUAGCCCCUAUGUAGGCACAUUGUUAAACAAAAAUAAGGGAUAAAAGGAGGUGGGAAUGAAUCCCUGCACUUUUAUUUUUCUUAAAAGAUGUCCAAGAUCAAGUUAUUACUUGUUGAAGGAGAGUUAAUAAUGUUUUUGACUAUAAUCAUUCCAUCAAUGAAAUAGUCUGUAAAUAACCGGGUAGUAAUACAAAAUAAAAUAUGCUUAUUAUAUUUUUUAUGUUUAUUAUUUUAUAUUGUAUGCUUAUGCUUUUUUCUGUACAGAAAAUCUGCACGUUACAAUGACCACACAAUGCAUGUUUAAUAUCUUGAAAAUUGUUCGUACAGCCCUACCAUGAUCAUAUUUCCAUUAUCAUGAUUAUAUAUGGCCUAAAAGAGUAUGUUCUCCAAAAUGAUUUAAUUCCAUAUUCGUAUGGUAUGUGUUAGGCUUAGUCAAUCAGAGGGUAUUAUUUACUCUGAUGUAAAUGCAAUUAUGACAUUAUUGACAUCCGGGCCCAGUAUUACAAAGAGUUACGAUCUAUCCAAUCAAUCGUAACUCUAUGGAAAUCCAUCAGUG